GCCUCCUACCCAAAUCACAGCCCCGUGCAGCCCGGCUCUCAUUCACAGCUUUCUAGAGAAAUCUGAGCUCCAACUGCCAGGAUAGGGGAUCUCACCCACCCAGUUCAGCCGCGAGGACACCUGCAGAAACACAUUCUCAAAGCAAGCCUGGGCGGCGGUGUGAAGUAAGCAAUGGCUUCAGUUUUCCUUCUCUUUUGGAUGGCCACCACCACAUAGGGCCUGAAUGUCCUGCUGUUUUCCAAGGAUAGAAAGAAGACUCUGUACCUGUCUGUUUUGGGAGCAGUCUUGUAGGAGUGGCAUCGAAUGGGCCACAGAUUCAGCACACUUCCAUGUGAAUGGGACCAGUUUCUGUUUUUCCCAAACAUCAGAGCUUAAGUGCUUGGGAAGGAGAUUUGGCCAAGAUGACACAUUUACAGGCUGGGCUCAGUCCAGACACUAUAGAGAAAGCUCGCCUGGAAUUGAAUGAAAACCCAGAUGUUUUACAUCAGGACAUUCAACAGGUCAGAGACAUGAUCAUCACCAGGCCAGACAUUGGGUUUUUACGUACAGAUGAUGCCUUCAUCCUGCGAUUUCUCCGAGCCAGGAAGUUUCACCAAGCCGAUGCCUUCAGACUCCUGGCCCAGUACUUUCAGUACCGCCAGCUAAAUCUGGACAUGUUUAAAAACUUUAAGGCAGAUGAUCCCGGGAUUAAGAGGGCUUUGAUCGAUGGAUUCCCGGGAGUGCUGGAAAAUCGUGACCACUAUGGCAGGAAGAUUCUCCUGCUGUUUGCUGCCAAUUGGGAUCAGAGUAGGAACUCCUUCACAGACAUCCUCCGUGCCAUUCUCCUGUCCUUGGAAGUCCUCAUUGAAGAUCCCGAGCUCCAGAUAAAUGGUUUCAUUUUAAUUAUAGACUGGAGUAAUUUUUCCUUCAAGCAAGCCUCCAAGCUAACACCUUCUAUUCUGAAACUGGCCAUCGAAGGGCUGCAGGACAGCUUUCCUGCUCGCUUUGGAGGCGUCCAUUUUGUCAACCAGCCCUGGUACAUCCAUGCUCUCUACACACUCAUCAAGCCAUUCCUUAAAGACAAGACAAGAAAACGGAUUUUUCUUCAUGGAAACAAUUUAAACAGUCUCCACCAGCUAAUACACCCCGAGUUUCUGCCCUCUGAAUUUGGAGGAACCCUUCCUCCUUAUGACAUGGGGACUUGGGCCCGGACAUUACUUGGCCCUGACUACAGCGAUGAAAAUGACUAUACCCAUACUUCCUACAAUGCCAUGCAUGUGAAACAUACCUGCUCCAACCUGGAGAGAGAGUGCUCACCCAAGCCCAUGAAAAGAUCUCAGUCUGUGGUAGAAGCUGGGACCUUGAAACAUGAAGAGAAGGGAGAAAAUGAGAACACCCAGCCACUGCUGGCUCUGGACUGAGCCAGCAUCAUGUGAUGCCUCCAUUGGAGCAGCCACCCAGCAAGCCUGUCCAGCUGACCUUCAAACAUGUGUGUUCUGCUUGACAUGAGGUCCUCCAUUCCAACCCCAGCCAUGACUGUCAGCAGCCAUUGAUCUGGGCAGCCCACACUGGACAAAGAUCUGAAAAAUGCUUCUAAAAUUUAACUAAUUAAUUUAUGUUUUAGUGAAGGAUGGUGGGGGGGAUAAAGAAAGGCAUUCAUGUAAAAAGGAUUCUCCCUCCCCUCAUAUUUAUGGCAGCAAAUGUACUUAAAAAGGGAAAAAAACUAAAUUAGUUGCAUAUACAUCACUCUAUGGAUUCACACAGGAACCCUCUCCAGGUUUUACAAAUUAAGAUGAAGUGAAUUCCCAAAUAAAUACAACAGAGUUAAAAUAUGCAGAAACAUCAGCAAGUUUAAUGUAGUGCUGAACCCCAAGCAACAGUAGCUACAAUAAUUUCCAGUUGUAUUGACAUAUUUUCUGACCUCAUCACCAGCAUCGACGUGUUCAACCUAAGAAUAUGAUCUCACAGGUCUGGCUAUUUGCAAAGUUUGAAUUUACAUAUCUAUCCUGUAAGAACGAUUUUGACAUCACAUUGUCAGGCUAUCAGCUGACUUCAUGAACUGUUUUUUUUUUUUUUUUUUUUU